AUGGCCCCAAACUUGGUGACUUUAUCUGGGCUCGGUUUUAUCAUUGUAAAUGUAUUGCUCGUUCUAAUAUAUGAUCCAUAUUUGGAUACUGAAUCUCCGCGAUGGGUCUAUUUUGCUCAUGCAAUUGGUCUAUUCAUAUACCAGACCUUUGAUGGGUGUGACGGAAUUCAUGCAAGACGUACUGGGCAAUCAGGACCAUUGGGUGAAUUGUUUGACCAUAGCAUUGAUUCGAUCAACGCUACGCUAUGCAACUAUCUGUUUUGUUCGAUGCUAGGACUUGGUUAUUCGUACAGUGCUGUGUACUGUCAAUUUGCACUAUUAUUCAACUUUUAUUUGAGUACGUGGGAAGAGUAUCACACUCAUAUUUUAUUUUUGAGUGAAUUCUCAGGACCUGUAGAGGGGAUCUUGGGGAUCUGCGCAGCAUUCAUUUUGACAGGGAUUGUUGGACCGGACGCUAUUUGGAAGAGACAGGUGAUGGAGAUGUCCUUGUCUGACGGGAGCUCUCUCGAUGUGAACGUGGCUCAUGUUUUUGUCUUUCUGUUGUCAAUUGGGUUGCUCUUUAACAUUACCAUUGCCAAAAAAAAUGUAGAAGACUACUAUAGCAGGAAGGAAAGGAUUAUAAUGAAUGGAAAUGCAUCUAUGAAAAAUGCAAUGAAGGGAUUGAUACCGUUCUUUGCAUAUUAUUCUACGGUUUUCCUACUGGUUGCCCUGGUUCCAGAAAUCAUUUCAUUCUCUUUCCUGCUUUCUGUAGGAUUGACCAUGGCAUUUGUUGUGGGUCGCAUAAUCGUUCACCAUUUGACAAAACAGCAGUUCCCAAUGUACAACGUCCCCUUAAUGUUGCCUACAUGCCAGUUGGUGUUGUACGUCAUUGCUGUGAACAUUCUUCAUUGUGACGCUCACAAGACAACAGAUGCGUUAGCGUGGUUCGGUUUGGGAACCUCAUUUGGUAUUCACGCCUGUUUUGGUAAUGAAAUAAUCUACGAGUUUACCGAAUUUUUGGACUGUUACGCGCUAACGAUAAAAAACCCAAAAGAUAUAUAG